AUGAGGAAGGAGAGCAAGAUCAAGUAUGUUUUGGCAACUUCACCGUUCGUUCAUAUGUUCUUUGAUGAUGGUGCUGAAGCCUUCCUAGCUCCUGUGCAGACUGCUCGAAUUGACUUUCUCGACACGCCAAUGGAUCACUAUGAGAGCGGACUGAUUGAGAUAUCCUCUUCUUGCCUCUACUGUGUAUAUUGUGACCAGAAUAAGCAGUGUCCACCGAUAGAUUUGAAGAGAUUCUCUGUGGCCCAUCUCACACGCGAACAUCAUAAGUGGAGGAAGGCUUAUUAUCGAGAGCAGCUGGAUAUGUGCGCCGAAUUCAACAAGCGACUGGAUCUGAUUAAAAGCCAUCAAAUUUCUCUCAAGUUGAGACCCUGCAACGGCGAGAUGAUUGCACAAAAGUAA